AUGGCUGCUCUAGAGGAAGUAGACGUCAUAAUCUGUGGUGGAGGUAGCACUGGCUGCGUGCCAGCUGGUCGACUGGCCAACCUAGAUCACAAGCUUCAGGUCAUGCUCAUUGAAGCAGGCGAGGACAAUCUAGAUAACCCAUGGGUAUAUCGACCGGGUAUCUACCCUCGCAACAUGAAGCUUGACUCCAAGACUGCUUCUUUCUACUAUUCACGGCCUUCGGAGUGCCUGGAUGGACGUCGUGCGAUUGUCCCUUGUGCAAACAUUCUUGGAGGCGGAAGUUCUAUUGACUUUAUGAUGUACACUAGAGCAGCAGCAUCCGACUACGAUGAUUUCCAGGCCAAAGGCUGGACUACCAAAGACCUUCUACCACUCAUGAAAAAAUGUGAGACAUAUCAGCAAGCAUGUAACGAUCCUGAUGUCCACGGAUUCGAGGGUCCCAUCAAAGUCUCUUUUGGGAACUAUACGUAUCCGAUUGCGCAGGAUUUCCUUCGCGCGGCUGAAUCGCAGGGUAUUCCUGUAAUGGAUGAUAUGCAGGAUCUUAAAACUGGACAUGGUGCUGAGCAUUGGCGCAAAUGGAUCAAUGAAGACACUGGUCGUCGAAGCGACGCUGCGCAUGCAUAUGUGCACAGUACUCGAGCAAAACACAGUAAUCUGCAUCUGAAAUGCAACACAAAGGUCGACAAGAUCAUCAUUGAGAAUGGCAGAGCAGUAGGCGUCGUGACUGUACCAUCAAAAUGGAUGGGAGACGACAAGCCUCCACGUAAAAUGUACCGUGCCCGCAAACAAAUAAUCAUCUGCGGGGGUGCCCUGAGCUCUCCGCUAAUCCUGCAGCGGUCUGGAGUUGGUGACCCGGAAAAGUUGCGUCAAGCGGGUAUCAAGCCAAUGGUUGAUCUGCCAGGCGUUGGUCUGAAUUUCCAAGACCAUUAUCUGACCUUUUCUGUCUAUCGGGCGAAGCCCGAUACCGAGUCGUUUGAUGACUUCAUGCGUGGUGAUCCACAGACCCAGAAGAAGGUUUUCGAAGAGUGGAAUAUCAAGGGGACCGGUCCUCUGGCUUCAAAUGGUAUCGAUGCUGGGGUGAAAGUUCGUCCAACUGAAAAGGAAUUAGAAAUGAUGCGUAGCUGGCCUACCCCUGAUUUCCAACGGGGAUGGGACAGUUACUUCAAGAAUAAGUCCGAUAAACCAGUCAUGCAAUACUCUGUUAUUGCUGGAUGUUUCGGUGAUCAUAUGAUGAUGCCACCAGGAAAGUUCUUUACCAUGUUUCAUUUCCUGGAAUACCCAUUUUCUCGCGGUUGGAUACACGUAAAGUCUGCAAACCCUUACGAAAUGCCGGACUUUGAUGCCGGAUUCAUGAACGACAAAAGGGACAUGGCGCCCAUGGUCUGGGGCUAUAUGAAAUCUCGUGAGACUGCACGACGAAUGGCUGCAUACGCCGGUGAAGUGACGGGUAUGCACCCUCAUUUUGCGUUCGAUUCGCCGGCUCGAGCCUGUGAUAUGGACCUGGAAACGAUCAAAGCGUAUGCAGGUCCUGACCACCUCAGUGCCGGUAUCCAACUUGGUUCAUGGUCGAGCCCUCUCGAACCGACCAAAUCAUCAGCAGAAAACUAUAUGAACUCAGAUAAACACGGAAUGCAUCCUGAUAUUCAGUAUAGUAAAGAAGACAUCAAGCACAUCGAAAAAUGGGUUCAACGACACGUAGAGGCAACAUGUAAUUCCCUGGGCACGUGCUGUAUGGCACCCAAGGAAGGAAACUCAAUGGUCAAGUGCGGAGUCGUUGAUGAACGUCUCAAUGUUCAUGGUGUCAAGGGACUGAAGGUAGCCGAUCUAUCUAUUUGUCCAAGUAACGUCAGUUGCAACACCUACAGCACUGCUCUCAUGAUCGGAGAAAAGGUUGCUAUGCUGACGGCUGAAGAUCUUGGUUACUCUGGAUCAGCACUGGACAUGAAGGUGCCUACCUACCGUUCACCAGGGGAGAAUGUAAACCUUGUGCGGAUGUGA